GGUCUUCUCUUCGUUGCUUUCAACUGCUACCAUUUGCGAAAGCUCAAGCUUACAGAUCCUUCGUUUCUUCCUUGUCUUGAUCUGUCUGCACUUCGCAUCAAAGAGCCCGUUUCUCUCUCUGAAGCCACAUGAAUUUCCUCUCUAGACACUAAUUAACAGAAAGUUAAAUAGAAAUGGAGUGGGCGACGGUGCAGCAUCUGGAUCUACGGCAUGUAGGUCAAGGUGUUAAUAAACCACUGCAGCCUCAUGCUGCUGCUUUUCAUCCAACUCAAGCUCUCAUUGCCGCCGCGAUCGGUACAUACAUAAUUGAAUUUGAUGCAUUAACAGGAAGCAAGCUCUCUACUAUUGAUAUUGGAGCACCUGUUGUACGCAUGGCUUAUGGCCCUACUAGUGGCCAUUCAAUCAUUGCUAUCUUAGAGGAUUGUACAAUUCGGUCUUGUGAUUUUGACACUGAGCAAACUUGUGUGUUGCAUUCACCUGAAAAGAGAAUGGAACAAGUUUCUACUGAUGCAGAAGUCCAUCUUGCUUUGACUCCUCUCCAGCCUGUUGUUUUCUUCGGUUUCCAUAGGAGGAUGAGUGUAACUGUUGUUGGAACUGUUGAAGGGGGAAGGGCACCAACAAAAAUAAAGACAGACUUGAAGAAACCUAUAGUAAAUCUUGCUUGCCAUCCGCGCCUUCCUGUCCUGUAUGUGGCUUAUGCAGAUGGUUUGAUUCGAGCUUACAACAUUCAUACUUAUGCUGUUGCAUACACGCUACAACUUGAUAAUACAAUUAAGCUUAUUGGUGCUGGUGCAUUUGCGUUUCAUCCGACAUUAGAAUGGAUUUUUGUUGGUGAUAGACGUGGUACACUUCUGGCGUGGGAUGUCUCAAUUGAGAGACCUAAUAUGAUUGGGAUUACACAAGUGGGUUCUCAACCAAUCACAUCAAUUUCUUGGCUCUCAACUUUGCGGUUACUUGUCACAGUUUCCAAGGAUGGAACUCUUCAAGUGUGGAAAACACGCGUGAUACUUAAUCCUAAUAGACCUCCAAUGCAAGCAAAUUUUUUUGAAUCUGCUGGGAUUGAAGCAAUUGACAUCCCUCGAAUUUUAUCUCAGCAGGGUGGAGAAGCAGUUUAUCCUUUACCACGUAUUAGAUCCUUAGAAGUUCACUCAAAAUUGAAUUUAGCAGCUCUGCUGUUUGCAAAUAUGACUAGUGGCGACAAUUUGAAAAAUAGGGCUGCAUACACAAGGGAAGGAAGGAAACAGCUCUUUGCAGUUCUGCAAAGUGCCAGGGGAUCUUCAGCUUCUGUUUUGAAGGAAAAGCUAUCAGCCUUGGGUUCGUCAGGAAUUUUGGCUGACCAUCAACUUCAAGCACAACUACAAGAGCAUCAUCUGAAGGGUGGCCAAAGUCAACUUACAAUUUCAGACAUAGCAAGGAAGGCAUUCCUUUACAGUCAUUUUAUGGAAGGCCAUGCCAAAAAUGCUCCAAUAUCUCGGCUGCCUCUCAUCACUAUUUCGGAUACCAAGCAUCAUCUGAAGGAUAUUCCUGCUUGCCUGCCUUUUCAUUUGGAGCUAAAUUUCUUUAACAAAGAGAACCGAGUGCUUCAUUAUCCUGUUAGGGCUUUCUAUGUUGAUGGAAUGAACCUCAUGGGAUAUAAUCUCUGCUCUGGAGUGGAUAAUAUUUACAAGAAACUUUAUACUUCGAUUCCUGGAAAUGUUGAAUUUCAUCCAAAGCUCAUUGUUCACAGUAAAAAGCAGCAUCUAUUUCUUGUCGUUUAUGAAUUCAGUGGUUCUACAAAUGAAGUGGUCCUUUAUUGGGAAAAUACUGAUUCUCAGCCAGCCAACAGUAAAGGAAACACAGUUAAAGGUCGAGAUGCAGUAUUCAUUGGUCCCAAUGAAAAUCAGUUUGCAAUUCUUGAUGAAGACAAGACUGGGCUGGCUCUGUAUAUUCUGCCUGGAGGAGCUUCAAAAGAAGCUGGUGAAAAAAAUUUAUUACUUGAAGAAAAUCAGUCGGUGGAAACAAAUGCUGGUUCUCUUCGGGGUCCCAUGCAGUUUAUGUUUGAAAGUGAAGUUGAUCGUAUCUUUUCCACUCCAUUAGAGUCAACUUUGAUGUUUGCUAUUAAUGGGAAUCAGAUUGGUUUUGCAAAGUUGGUUCAGGGAUAUCGCCUUUCAACUUCAGAUGGUCAUUACAUACCAACUAAAACUGAAGGAAAAAAGUCAAUCAAGUUAAAAAUGAAUGAGAUUGUACUCCAGGUGCACUGGCAAGAAACCCCUAGGGGCUAUGUAGCAGGAGUAUUAACAACUCAAAGGGUUCUUAUAGUUUCAGCUGAUCUUGAUAUACUGGCAAGCAGUUCUAUGAAAUUUGAUAAAGGACUUCCUUCAUUUAGAUCCCUUUUAUGGCUUGGACCAGCUCUUCUUUUUUCUACUGCCACUUCAGUCAGUGUGCUUGGCUGGGAUGGAAAAGUGAGGACCAUUCUUUCUAUUAGCAUGCCCUAUUCAGUUUUAAUUGGUGCUUUGAAUGAUCGAUUGCUGCUUGCUAACCCAACGGAUAUAAAUCCGAGACAGAAAAAGGGGUUGGAGAUUAGGAGUUGCCUUGUUGGACUCCUUGAACCUCUUCUUAUUGGAUUUGCCACAAUGCAACAAACAUUUGAGCAGAAGCUUGACCUCUCAGAAACACUUUAUCAAAUAACAUCAAGGUUUGAUAGUUUGCGCAUCACUCCAAGAUCUCUUGAUAUUCUUGCUAGAGGUCCUCCUGUUUGUGGAGAUCUUGCAGUUUCAUUGUCCCAAGCAGGUCCACAGUUCACCCAGGUGUUGCGAGGCACCUAUGCUAUCAAAGCUCUUCGUUUUUCUACUGCUUUAUCUGUAUUGAAGGAUGAAUUCUUGCGAUCUCGAGAUUAUCCAAAAUGUUCUCCAACAUCUCAGUUGUUCCACCGGUUUCGACAGUUGGGAUAUGCCUGUAUCAAGUAUGGCCAGUUUGAUAGUGCAAAGGAAACUUUUGAAGUUAUAGCAGAUCAUGAAAGCAUGCUUGAUUUGUUCAUAUGCCACCUUAACCCUAGUGCCAUGAGACGCCUUGCUCAGAGAUUGGAAGAAGAAGGUGCAGAUCCAGAGUUAAGGAGAUACUGUGAAAGGAUUUUAAGGGUUCGUUCUACUGGGUGGACACAAGGCAUUUUUGUCAACUUUGCAGCUGAGAGCAUGGUUCCAAAAGGAAAUGAAUGGGGUGGUGGGAACUGGGAAAUUAAAACGCCUACUAGUUUGAAAAGUAUACCUCAGUGGGAACUGGCUGCAGAGGUAAUGCCUUACAUGAAGACUGACGAUGGCACCAUCCCUGCCAUUAUUACAGAUCAUAUUGGUGUGUACCUGGGAUCAAUUAAAGGAAGAGGCAACGUUGUUGAAGUAAGGGAGGAUAGUUUGGUCAAAGCUUUUAAGUCUGUGGGUGACAAUCAGCCAAAUGGACUUCCAAACUCGUUGUCUAAAUCCAUGUCUAAUGAGUCAAAGGGAUUGCCUGAUGGUAACGUAAAGGCUGAUUCCUUGAUGGGUCUUGAAACACUUAUUAAACAAAAUGAAAGUUCAUCUGCAGCUGAUGAACAGGCUAAAGCACAAGAAGAAUUCAAAAAAACUAUGUAUGGUGCAGCUACUGAUGGUAGCAGCAGUGAUGAGGAAGAACCUUCGAAAGCCAGAAAACUACAAAUUAGAAUACGAGACAAACCGCUUACUUCUGCUACAGUAGAUGUCAAUAAGAUCAAAGAAGCAACAAAGAUAUUUAAACUUGGUGAAGGGUUAGGUCCACCCAUGCGGACAAAGUCAUUAACUGGUUCCCAGGACCUUGAUCAGAUUUUAUCCCAACCCCCUCCUACCAGUGCAAGUGCCCCUGCUGCUUCCACAGUUCCUUCACCUGCUGCUGAUUUAUUUGGUACUGACACAUUAACACAAUCGGCACCAGUAUCACAACCAGCUCCUAUGAUGGCGGGUAUGGGUGUUACAGCUGGCCCUAUUCCAGAGGACUUUUUCCAAAAUACUAUUCCUUCCUUCCAAGUUGCAGCAUCAUUGCCUCCUCCUGGAACAUAUCUUGCAAAACUGGAUCAAACUUCUCAGCAAGUUGAAAGUGACAAGGUAAUGCCUAAUCCAAUUGGUCCUUCUGUGGCUGACAUUGGUCUUUCAGAUGGUGGUGUUCCCCCACAAGCCACUCAGCAAGCUGUCUCACUUGAAUCCAUUGGACUUCCUGAUGGUGGUGUCCCACCACAAGCCACCAGUCAGGCUGCUCUCUCAUCUCAGCCACAAGUUCAGGCCCCUCAGGCCCUCCGGGCCCCUCUUUCAUCUCAACCUCUUGAUCUCAGUGUCCUAGGAGUUCCAAAUUCUGUAGAUUCAGGAAAACCUCCUGUGCAAGCUGCUGCUUCACCAUCAUCUGUGCGACCUGGACAGGUUCCCAGAGGAGCGGCUGCUUCUGUAUGUUUCAAAAUUGGACUUGCUCACCUUGAGCAGAAUCAACUUCCUGAUGCAUUAUCAUGUUUUGAUGAAGCAUUCCUGGCAUUGGCAAAGGAUAGCUCUCGUGGAGCUGAUAUUAAAGCCCAAGCAACCAUCUGUGCUCAGUACAAGAUAGCAGUUACUCUGCUUCAGGAAAUUGCAAGGCUACAGAGAGUACAAGGUCCAAGUGCACUGAGCGCAAAAGAUGAGAUGGCGAGACUAUCACGACAUCUAGGUUCUUUGCCUCUUCUGGCAAAGCACCGAAUAAAUUGCAUCCGAACAGCCAUUAAACGAAACAUGGAGGUGCAGAAUUUUGCUUAUUCCAAGCAGAUGCUUGAGCUCCUUCUGUCCAAAGCUCCACCUAGCAAGCAGGAUGAGUUGAGAAGCCUGAUUGACAUGUGUGUUCAGAGGGGUUCAACCAACAAGUCAAUUGAUCCUUUGGAGGACCCUUCUCAGUUCUGUGGUGCGACCCUCAGCCGUUUGUCGACCAUCGGAUAUGAUGUUUGUGAUCUUUGUGGGGCCAAAUUUUCUGCCCUCUCAACACCUGGAUGUAUUAUCUGUGGUAUGGGCAGCAUUAAAAGAUCAGAUGCGCUUGCAGGGCCAGGGCCUGUUCCUUCUCCAUUUGGCUGAGGUCCAGGUAAAGGAAAGUUUUGCUUGCUCCAGUCUAGACAGCUUGGCAAAUUUGGUCUCGAUUAUGUUUGGUCAUUUAUGUUGAAUUUUCUUUGGAGAAUGUUCAUGCCGCUUGUUCGUGGAGAGGAAACCAACAAUGCCCAUUCAGUAUAUAUCUGUACCAUUGAUUUGUUUGUGUUGGCGGUUUAAUUCCUUUGCCUCUCUCUCGCGCUCUUUCUAGUGCCUUCAAUUUUUGUUUAAUCAUUGGCCCAUUGCAUAUUGUCUUUCUAUUUUUACCUCCUGUUUUGUCAUAGCACAUCGUUAGCAUCACCCUUGCCAUUUUGUAGAAAAUGAUGUAAUACCUGUAGUUUGUUGAAAUGGGGUUGCUUCGUAUGAA